AUGGGCUGUCCGGAGGGCUCAGUGCUGGUGGCGGCGGUGCUGCUGUGCUGCCAGGGGUCCCAGGCUGGCUGGAGCUGUGGGGAUCUCCUGUGCGGGGACCGGGAGGGCUGCUGCGUCCUGGGCAACGUGAGCCACACGGAGAUCCGCUGCUGCCAGCUGCCCUUCCACACCUUCCUGGACAACGUGGGCUGGUUCGUGCGGAAGCUGUCCGGGCUGCUCAUCCUACUCGUCCUCUUCGCCAUCGGAUACUUCCUGCAGCGCAUGAUCUGCCCCCCCAGCCCGCGCAGGUACUCCCGCCAGCCGCCCAGGGGCCACCGGGGGCCGGGGGGGCUGCUCAACGAGACCAGCUCGCAGGACUCCCUGAUAGACAGCGUCCGGAGACAGCACGAACUGCGGGUCAUCUCCUCCCCGGCCUUCCUGCAGCUGCCCAGCUACGAGGAGGUCAAGUACCUGCCCACCUAUGAGGAGUCCAUGGCACCCGGCAGCCAGCUCAUCCUGCCCGUCACACAGGUCCCCGUGUGUCCUGCGAGAGAGGAAGGGGCCACAGCAAACCAGACCCCCCACUGA